AUGAACACCGGGAUUGUGAUCCAGAAAUGCAGGAUUGGUGCCACUUCGGAUCUGGAGGUAGUGAAGAGCCAGUUUCAUACUUACCUGGGAAGGCCAUGGAAGGAAUACUCGAGGACCAUUGUGAUGCAAUCAUCUAUAAGUGAUGUUAUCAAUCCGGUCGGGUGGCAUGAGUGGAUGGGUAAUUUUGCACUGGAUACUUUAUUUUAUGCAGAGUAUCAGAACACUGGGGCUGGUGCAGGAACAGCAAAUAGAGUGAAGUGGAAGGGACACAAGGUACUCACUAGUGCCACUCAGGUUCAGGCCUUCACUGUUUCAAGCUUCAUUGCUGGUCAUUCUUGGUUGGGAUCCACUGGGUUUCCUUUCUCUCUUGGUUUAUGA